AUGAACAAAUUCUGUCUAUUCGUGAUUGUGCUUGGCUUGGGGGCACCUAUGGUAAGUUUGCGUGUUUUUGUUCAAUAGAAGGCUACAGUCAGAACCACUCGACACACCACAGACUUGCCAGGCCCACCUGACUAUUUCAGAGUAUCUGGCCCAAAUUUUUCAAAAUCUCUAUCCAGUGGAUAAGGCAAUUCAGUCAUGGUUUACCGUUUAUCCGCUGCCUGUAUAUACUGAUUUAUCCGGUGGACAGCUCUAACCAGGCAACCUGAGUCAGGUUUAGAAAAUCAUCAGGGAGAUGAUUUUAAUUAUUCCGUUCUAUCUGCGUUUUUAACGUACUUAAUAAUAUCAAUGACCAUCUGUAGCGCCUGCUUAGUAAAAUUUACCCGAGUUAAGUUCCUUCAUGAUGCAUGCGUGCAGUCCGUUUUUUUAUGACAGCCUCUUCAUGAUUUUAACACAUUAAAAAUUACGUUAGAAAUCCAUUUUUAAUAACUUAAUAUAGUCAUUUUUUUUUAAAUGCUAUGAUUACGCUAACUGCGGAUAUCAACCACUACAUGCAGUCAGUUUGAGCAGUAUCAAAAUAAGGACGCCCACAGCGUUUCGUAUGCCGAUAUUAUAAUCAUGUGUGAAGUGUUGAUUAUACCGAUCUAAACCGCGCGCACCAUGAUUUAAUGUUUGUCGGCAAUUCUGGCGCUGCACACAUUAGCAAUUUAGGGUCGAUUUUGAAAGAAAUGUUUUUUUUUCCUUUUUGUUUUCGACACAGCAAAAGGCAAUGACAAAGUGCUCCAAGCGGCAAAAGUAACAAUAAUGAAAACAUCGUGUUUAUCCGUUUCUAUGUACUCAUGUCACUCGAACGCAAAAUAUUUUUCUGUAAUAAAUAUUGACCCGGAGACGGAGAUCAUUUCUAAAAGUGCUUCGAAAGCAAGAUUUUUGGAAUUCCUAUAGCCAGCCAACCGAAAACGGUGACGAGGUAUAUUGACUGAUACACACAUACAAUUACAAUUCCACUGGAACGAAGAUGUUAAAAAUGAAAUAACUAAACUAACCACAAAAGACAAAAUGAAAAAAAAAAAUUGUAAACGACAAGCGAGAAAAAGACCACGCGAGAACUUUUCAUAGGCCAGUGCCCUGAGUCAGGACGUAAAGAUGUAUAAAUCACUUCCGUUCUGAGCCACUUGAAAUAAAAGAAAAUUCCAAAGCUUCAGAACAUGGCGCAUGUCAAAAGGUCACUCUUUUUGUUUUCGCGGUUGCGUUUGUACAAGCGGGCACUAGACACCUUCAAAGAUUAAAGUACAGAAGUGAUGAAACCAUCUGUGUACUUUUACUGCGGCAACACUUAAAUCUUAAAACCAAUUUUCAAAAUGAUCGCAUUACACAAACUCUACUAAGUUCAAUUGCAUUGUAUCCCAAACAAGUGAUUCAGGGGAUAUGUAUGAUGGCCUCGGGCUGCGCCUUUCAGACGCUUAAUAUAGACAUUUUGUAAAGUUGAAUGGCACCCCAUUAUCAUGUCAACGCUCUUAUCUUGAGAAUGACAAAGUCAUUAAGCUUUUAUUUCGAUGGCUUUGCUAUCUUACAAUGGCUAAUAGGUCACAAAAUAGCUAUUAAAAGACGUUUUGGGACCUACAUUAGAAUAGUGAGAGGGGGGGUGGGGGUAGGGGGCUUUAGCUCGCAAGAAUUCGGAAAUGAUCAAAACAUUAAGAAGAUAUGAAAAAUGGCGUAAAUCCCAGUCCAACAACACUGCAAGAGUAUGUUGUGGACAUGGUGGAAAGGGUUAAAUAAGGCCCCGUCAACACGUAUACGGAUAUUUUUUAAUCCGUAACUUUUUCUUUCCGGAUUAAAAAAUUUCCAAGUCCACACGUGAUCAUUCACUCUAGUAUCCAGGACUUUUCUGGGAAUAUUGAAAACAGAAUAUGCGUUGAGCGUGCAUCGAGGUUAAAAUCACCCCACGCCUUUCUCAGGUGGGGUGAUUUUCAAGCGCGCUCGCGUUUUGAUCGCUCUACUAACCCUGAGGGAAAAUGGGGACUACUCGUAGUCUAGAUACAUGUGGACGAGACAGUUAUACAUAUGAGCUGAACUCAAAUUAUAGUUAAUGGACGUACAACAAGUUUUUCAGCAAACUCAUUAAUAAUUCAUAAAGAAAAAACAAAAGAAAUUUUAAAACGCAGUAAUUAUUUGUAAGAUGAGCUGGGCAAAUGAAAAUAGUCCACUACCUCACAAGAACCUCUAAUUUAAGUGGUCGUCUAAAACAAUAUUGCCUUUGUGUUGAGGCCUAGGGUUAUUGUUUUUUCCCGUUAUCACAGCCAAUUGUGUGAACCGUUCAGUGAGGUGCUGUUUGACCAACGGAAUGGGCUAUUAGAGUGAAGAAAAAAUGUUUUAUUUUUAAAUAAACACGAACAAUAAGAAUUUAAAAAAAUAUAAUGAUAAAUUCUCCAAAAGUGAGUCUUCAAUUUUAACUCGAUAUAACCUUGGCAAUCAAAGCACAACUGAAUGCGUCUUGUAUGAUCUCUUGCAGUUGGCUACAGCAUCAAACGACUGUCCUCCCCUACAAUACUACAAUGGUACAUCAUGUACAACAUGUUCUAAAUGUCCUCGAGGAUUCGGGGUUAAGACCAAGUGUACAGCUCUGAAGGACACAGAGUGUCAAGACUGUAUUGCUGGGUAUGAUUAUUCAGGGACAAAUGACAUGACACAGUGUAUCAAGUAAGUUAAUUCAAGCAAUAGAUACAAUAAGAUUGAUGGCGCGUUUUCCUCAUUAUGUUGUUUGUUUGAUUUAUUACGCUGAGGAGAAAGCCGAUCAGGGUUUACAUGAAUAGUGACAGAUAGAAACCUCGCAGAUAGUUACAAUCAAGAAAUAACAAGGUACCCAGUUCUUUCUCAUCUAGCAUUGUCCUAAGCAUUCCUUAACUUCGCUCCCCUCCCCCCAAGAAAAAAAAAAAAAAAUUGGAGCUUUUUAACACCAGGGUCUUCAUUCUUUGUUUCACAGAUGUAACGAAGGUUCAAAUUGUCCCGAUGGAAAUUUUAAGGUGAUAAGUAAGUGUACAAUAUAUUCCCCAACCGUCUGUAGUGGUUGUAAAGAGGGAAGCUAUUUCGACAAGGGCACAGGAUUAGACGGGGGAUGUGUGGAGUGUUCAAAAUGCGCCAUUGGCGAAGUGGAGACACAAAAGUGUAGCACAGCGCAUGACCGAAAAUGCCAAAAGAUGCCAUCCACUACGAGCGAAUUAUGGGUCCCAAGUAAGUAUAAUACACAAACAAACGAAAUUGGCAUAGUCUCUCCCUUUUCUUUCAGUCUUUGCCCACUCUCUUAGUCUACUUUCUUUCCGCUAUUCUAAUACCAUGAAAGAGACGGGUAUUUUGUUCGUGUAUUAUUCAUUCAAAAAUAUUUAUCCGUGUCUAAUUGGCUCAAAUCCCCCGCGCCCUAGCUAAUUCUCCAAGACCAGCUAGCGUUAACCAAGUUUGGAGGACAGUUUGCGAUAUCUGGUAAAAUGACGACGUGAAUAGCAAAUCAUAUAGACAGAAAAAGGAACACUAACCCAGAGGCAUUGAGGACCAGGUUGCGUUAGCUUUGCUGUGUUUGUAGAUGUGGAGAAUAUUGCAGAAAAUUUUAACUCUUUUUUUUUUAAGAAGUUGAGCCUUUAAAGAUAAUAAGAACAGCAAAAAUAUAACUCGGCAGGGCAGAUGGUAACUGCUGCUUGAUUAAUAUCUGCUAGCUAGACUAAACAUCUCUUAGCUUUCUAUCCUGAGUUUGCCGGGGAACGGUUAAAUGAAGACGGGGACUUAUAAUUAACCGAGUCGAUCGAGAAAAUCACCGGCGCCCAAAGUUUGGUAUCCAUAUUCACUAGGCGGUUUCUGAUGUGAGGAAUGCGAUGUUUCAUAAGUGGUGGAGUAGUGCAAAGUCUGUAUGAAUGUUUUUUGUGCGCGUAAACGAAUUAGACACUGGAAAGAUUACUGUCAAUAUGGAGUGAUGGUCGCUUAAAACGAGGGAAAUCUUUUAAUCGUGAGAAAGAAGAAAGAGUGUACAAAGGUUUCUGCAGCCAAAUUUUGCGAUUACAAAUUAAUCGUUGUAAGGACUGCAUGUGUCAACUAUGCAUCUUCUAGGGGCACCCAAAGACUUCUUUCUAUAGAAUAACCACGUUGUUUAUUUCGAAACAUUCGGUCGUUGGGUCCUCCUUGAUAUUCAUGUUACUGAUCUGUCGGUAUCAGGUACGGCUGGUCCAACAAAUAUCACCAAGACACCGCGGAGCGUUCCCAGUAGCACGACUAUUGAUUGGACAAAAACCUCCAAAACUGAAAUUUCUGAGCCCGAAGAGAGACCCUCAGUGAGCCAAAUAUUAGUUUGGGGACUAUUAUCUGGUGUCCUAGCGGUAUUAGUAAUCGCUCUCGCUGUUGCGGUGCUAUUAUGUUGGAAUAGAAGUAGAAGUAGAAGAACACGUAAGAAGGACAAAGAAUCCAAUGGUUUCGCUCAUCAGUCCACUCCAUUAAUGCAGCAGCGUAAGUAAAUAUUUAUACAUUAUAUAACAGAACAUUAUAAAAGGGUAUAUAAAUAUCUUUUUGUUUCUUUUCAUCAAGCGUUUAAGGUGGCUGAACAUAGUUUUCCGGGCGGUCAGCGGCAACUCGCGUGACGGCGCGUGUUUUAAAUUAGACAAACAAACACGGCAAAAAAAAAAACGAUGGUACACAGAAGACGAUUUCUCAAAAUCUACUCAUUAAAAUUUUGUGAUAUUUGGCAGAAUUAUUACCUUUAUCGUAUUUUAAAUAAUGAGAACUUUAAAAUGGAAGUAGAACAGACAAAUUUUGUGACACAUUUAAUAAUUACAGUACAAUUAUAUCAUUGAUUAUCUGAAAAACCUGUCUGUUAAAAUUUGGUCAAAUAAGUUUCAUAUGGUAAUGAUUACUUAUAGUAAGCUGUGUGCAAGUUUAUAGGAAAAUCUAAUGAGCGAAUUUUAUGAAAACUGAGCAAAAGUGAAAUUUUAAGGUUUUAUUCAAUCGUUCAUGUUGCCAUGGAAACUACUAAAACAUCACAUUUGACCUGUCAAUCAAAAUCUUUCAUCAGUAUAUUUUUCACUUGCCAAGUUUCAGCUUAUGAGCUGCAACCUUUCUCAUGCCAUGAUUUGGCAAAUGAGAUAUACUCACAAACUGCCAAAACUGUGUUCAGCCACCUUAAUACUCAAAGCAAACUAAUAUAAUUAAAUUACUCGUUUCUUGACGUUAUACAAAAAGAAUUCUACGUAUUAAAUAUUAGAAAGACCGUAGAAAACACUUGGUUAUAUGAAAUGGUAAGUCUUAGAUACUUCAUUUUAAUAAAAAUAAGUCAUAUGAAAUAUCAAAAAAAAUUUCAUAUGACUUAAGACAUUUUGAAACAUUUUAAGAUGAAUGCAAGUUGUAAGGUCUUGUUAAAUUUAGAGAGGGUCAUUUUGAGAACACGGGAACUGUUUUUUUCCAGUUAAGGGAAUAAAUUUUUCAGGAGCCAGAAGUCCUCGAAGGUCAGCUGAAAUAGUGAGAUUUUACAGAUUUUGAAGACUUUUUUUUUACGGUUAAUACCAAUCUGCCUGACGGUUAAAACGGGUUGGCAGUUUGACGGCUGUCGGUUGACUGCUAUGAGACCCGUCAUGAAACCUACUAUGAAACGGCGGCCAUGUUGGUGUCCCCAACCAAUUUAAACCUUUUUCUAACUACAUUUAUUACAUUUAUAAUUUAUUUUCUUUAUUGCAUUUAUAUUUAUUAAUUUUAUUGUAUAAACUCUUUUUGUUGAAAUAAUUUGCAUAACUGCUGUCCACGUGAGUGAAAAGGCUUUGUAUGAACGAAACCAAGCAUAUUUUAAAAUUGUAUUCUGAAUCAACUAUAAGAUGGACUCACAUUUAAGAUAAGAGAACGCUAUAAGUGCAUGUUAGAGAGCGUUCGGACUAAACUUGUUAUUAAUUGAUUCACUAAUAGGAAUAGCAUCAACAACUUGGAUAAGAACCGUAAAAGAGUAAACUUGGCCCACUUAAAGGAAGCCUUGUUUCACACACUUAAAAUUAAAGUGUAACAUUACUCCAAAAAAAAGUGUAAAAUCUUUGCCAGCCCCGGCAGCCUUUUUUUUCUGUGUAUUAUUACACAUUUUAUAAUAGUGUAAUUUAACACACAACUAGAGGUUAUGUUUACACACCAAUCAGUGUAAUGUGAGUGGUUUACACUUUGGUCAAGUGUAAAAUUGCAGCUGUUAUAAGUGUAAUAAAAUACUAAUAGAACAGUAAUAUUACACCGAAUGAUAGUGUAGUAGCUUUGCCAGCCCCGGCAGCCUUUUUUUUCUGUGUAUUAUUACACAUUUUAUAAUAGUGUAAUUUAACACACAACUAGAGGUUAUAUUUACACACCAAUCAGUGUAAUGUGAGUGGUUUACACUUUGGUCAAGUGUAAAAUUGCAGUUCCUAUAAGUGUAAUAAAAUACUAAUAGAACAGUAAUAUUACACCAAAUGAUAGUGUAGUAGCUUUGCCAGCCCCGGCAGCCUUUUUUUUGUGUGUAUUAUUACACAUUGUCCAAUAGUGUAAUUUGACACGCAACCAGAAGGUUCAUUUACACACCAAACAGUGUAACUGUGAAUGGUUUACACCUUGGUCAAGUGUAAAAUUGCACUUCCCAUAGGGGUAAUAAAACAUUAACAGAAAAGUAAUAUUACAUCAAUUUAUAGUAUUAGGCAAAAAAAUUACGCAUUUGAAAAAUAUAGGAAAUCACAUUUUUAAUCACUGAAUAAGCAGCUAGACUUCUAACAAUAAGUAAAAAUGAAAGGUCAAGUGUGCAAGCCAUGGUGUGUACUGUCUAACUGCUUAGGAGUGAUGCGUACUGUCCUAUCACAAAUCAGUGCUUAGGGCAGAGCCCGAGGAGGUUCAAGGUUUGAGCUGCAAGGUGGUACCCGGGAAAGAUAGUUAGCAGGAAGUCUUCCUCUCCAAUUAUUAGUAUUUUUACAGUCAUGGUGUAAUUCCUUUCCCACAGUAAAAAUGGAUGGCGGUGCAUCUUUUUUGCUUCUUCUAGAUAUUGUCCUCUUGUGGCUGCAACCUGCGUGACAAAUGAAAUUGAAAAAAAAAAAACAAGACUUGUUUUAGUCGAUAUUAAAGUGUUCUUAAUUUAUUGUGUCGGUCAUGAGGGUUGAAAAUAGGACUGAGUGUUUUGGAAUUCCUUCUAAUUGAACUAACACAAUAAUGCUCUCUUGAACAACAUGGUUAAGGUAAACUACUUAAAUUAAAUUUCAUUCACAAAAUAAUUACAUAUUAGGUUUAAGAUGUAAAAAGGUUUUUUCUCUAGAGUCUUAACAAUCAAGUACAUUUUUCCUCCUCUACAAAACAAAACACAGCUUCAGAUAUUCAAUUCAGAUAUCAAAUCACAAAUUAAAAUAACUCAAAACAUGUGUUAUUCCAAUCCAUGACCCCCAGUAACACUAUAGGCGGGCCAAACCACCUGACUGAGUCAUUAGUCAAAGGCGGGCAUGAAAAUUACCACCUUGCAUAACUGCCUCGCCGGUGGACCAGGGCCAUGAUGAAAACAAAACACACUAUUAGACUUUAUAACUUGGUAUGGAAACAAAAGCUUGACUGGUAUACAAUUCAGAUAUCCGAUCACAAAAUUACUCAAAAAACAUGUUUUAUUCCAAUCCAUGACCCCCAGUAACAGGCGGGCAAAACCACCUGACUGAGUCGUUAGUCAAAGGCGGGCAUAACCACCUUACAUAACUGCCUGGCCGGAGGACCAGGGCCAUGAUGAAAACAAAACACACUAUAAGAUUUUAUAACUUGGUAUCAAAACGAAAGCUUCACUAUACAAUAUUAUUCAGAUAUCCGAUCACAAAAUUGCUCAAAAAACAUGUUUUAGUCCAAUCCAUGACCCCCAGUAACAGGCGGGUAAAACCACCUGACUGAGUCGUUAGUCAAAGGCGGGCAUAACCACCUUACAUAACUGCCUGGCCGGAGGACCAGGGCCAUGAUGAAAACAAAAGACACUAUAAGACUUUAUAACUUAGUAUCGAAACAAAAGCUUCACUGGGUAUACAAUUUAGAUAUCCGAUCACAAAAUUACUCAAAAAACAUGUUUUAUUCCAAUCCAUGACCCCCAGUAACAGGCGGGCAAAACCACCUGACUGAGUCGUUAGUCAAAGGCGGGCAUAACCACCUUACAUAACUGCCUGACCGGAGGACCAGGGCCAUGAUGAAAACAAAACACACUAUAAGAUUUUAUAACUUGGUAUCAAAACGAAAGCUUCACUAUACAAUAUUAUUCAGAUAUCCGAUCACAAAAUUGCUCAAAAAACAUGUUUUAGUCCAAUCCAUGACCCCCAGUAACAGGCGGGUAAAACCACCUGACUGAGUCGUUAGUCAAAGGCGGGCAUGACCACCUUACAUAACUGCCUGGCCAGUGGACCUGGGUCAGGAUGAAAACAAAACACAGCUAUACGACUUUAUGACUUGGUAUUGAAACGAAAGCUUCAGAUUCAAUUCAGAUAUCUGAUCACAAAAUUACUCGAAAAACACGUUUUAUUCCAAUCCAUGAGUCCCCUGGAAACAAGCGGGCAAAACCACCUGACUGUGUCGUUAGUCAAAGGAGGGCAUGACCACCUCACAUAACCACCUGGCCGGUGGACCAGGGCCAUGAUGAAAACAAAACACAGGUAAAGUAAUGAAAAUGAUAUUAAGCCUUUUUAAGCCUCGUGCAAUUACAGGUUUUUGUCUGCGAAAUCACAUAUAAAAAUUAGGCAAGCUUAAUAUAUUUUUCUGGUUUGGAUUUAUCUCUAUUCUACAUAUCAAAUACAAGUCGAUGUACAGGUCCGGUACGAAUAGCCACUAGGUAUAAUGUAAGAAAAAUAAAUAAAGAUAACUUACAUUAUAUCAACAUUUGGGAUCAAAAGGUGCAAAAUUCUGUGUUUUAUGAAGCAUUUCUACCGAUCAUUUGAAUAGUAAAUGUAUGGAAUCAAAUGUCGCGCGUGACAUCACGAUCCCCCGAACAGUUCGGGUGGUACGCUUGUAAUACACGUCUUUUGUUUGCAAAGAGCAAAACCACUCGAAUUAAAAGUAAUUAAAUUCGCUAUAAAUAUUUAAGCUUCAAUUUGUGUCUGCAAAAACAACAAGGUGAUACAAUGCAGUCUUCGCUGUUGACGUCAUGUCACGCGACCUUUUGGCGGUUAAAAGCAAACGAACAACCAACGGCAAUAUUCACAAAACAUUUCAGUCAGCUUAUAUCCACUAUCUAUAUUUCUAAUGUUAGUCGUAUAUAUCUGUCUCCUGUCAGGCUAUUCUCCUAACAAGCCUAAACAAAAAUUUGAGGCGAAAUAGCGAGGUUAUCUUAAUUUCGAGAUUUCAAAGCUAAACACCUCACAAUGCGCUUUUGAUAUCGCAUCGCGCUCUCCCACAGUAGGAAAACCGCUCAAGGUGUUGCAGUAUGGUUAAACAAUACUUCAAAAGCCUCAAGAAAUCUAGGGCCAGACUAUAGUUUUAACAUAAAACUCAGAAAUUACGGAAAGUAUACUCACCUCGAAAUGCGAAAAGCGCCGUCGUUUUCUUUGAACAUGUUUGAAUGCAUGGUUUUUGCUCUCUUCUUAGCAGUCAUUUGGAGCCUCCAUCAUCCUUUGCUCUAACAAUCGGCCCUACAUCCUUGUUAACUUGAAAUCAAUGUUGACUUUGAGUUAAAAUCUUCAAAUUUACGGCGCUUAAUUUUAGUACAACCUUCGUGGAGGACGGUUGGAACAAAAGAUGAAUACAAACGGUAUUCAAGUGUCUUUAUCGGCAACAUCAUCGAUCCUGAUUGCACGAAAAUUCGCGCCCUGUCACUUAAGCUCCUGGUCGUGAUCUUUGGAUCUGCUGCGGCUUUUGACUCAGUCACGUAAUUUAAGUUGCUGUAAAUUUCCUCUUCGAGAACACGCGGAAAAGGAACAUGGUCUGAAUUAAAUCGAUAGUACGAAGACAAUGGACAAUGAAGAAAAAAAAGUAAAGAAGAAGAAGAAGAAAGAAACAUAGUGUUACAUUUCUCAGGAAAGAUAGAAACCCGCACAAAUGACAGUCCUGUCAAUGGAGUGAUGCAUCGUUAGCGGUUUAGGUCAUUUCAUUAAUUUAGCUAAAACACCUUUCAAUUUACACAUGACUGUAUACAAAUGCAGUUGCGUGAAUUUCGUACGAUAUAUCUGAAAUGAGACCUUAGACUGCAGCUGAAGUAUAUACCUGCUACAUGUACAACUAGCGGCUCAGAUAACUUAUUCACGCGAUGAAGAUUUUCUUGCUUCGAUAUUUUUUUUUAAAAAAAGAGAGUGGGUGUUUUAUUCUAUAAACGUAUAAGUGCACAUGUGAGUGCAUAAUUACCUCCGCUGUGGUAUACAUUUACUCUGUAAGUAAAUGUUAAAAAUACCUAUUGUUUCAGCCUAAACGUGGUGUAAAAAUACUCAAAAUAACGAGUAUCAGUACACCAUAAUUUCUGUGUAGUGUUUUACACCAUAAAAAGUGUCACUUUAUAAUUUUUCCUUUCUGACAAUACACUUCAAUUUUAACACUUUUAGUUGGUGUUAAAGUACCCGAAAAAACGAGUAACACAACACUACAAAUUGUGUAAUAUUACUCUGUGUUAUUAGUAUACUCUAACACCGAUAGGUGUGUUUAAUUCUAUGAGUUUAUUAGUGUAAAAUUACCUUUACUAUGGUAUACAUUUACGCUGUAAAAACGGGUAAAAUGUACACCGUACCCUGCGUGUAAUGUUACAAUAGAAAAAAUUGUAAAAGUAUACCUUUAACUGUGUAAUAUUAUCAUGUUAAGAGUACCAGCUCUUUUACACUAAAGUUUGCGUAAAAUUACCCGACAUAAAGCGUAAAACAACACUGAAAAUUCUGUGUAACGCAUUACUCGUUAAAAAGUGUAAUAUUACAAAUUUUCCUUUGUAACAUUACACUUUAAUUUUAAGUGUGCACUGGAUUACUACUGACAGUUACUACACUGAAGUUGCCAAUUCAAUAUGAAUUCUAGUCCCUCAAUAUUCUUAAAAAUUUCAGUCAUUUCACUUCAUUAUUUUUUAACUUUCAUAGAAAUGUUAUCACAAUAUAACGUUUUUCUUUUGUUUUUUCUUUUCUCCCUAGGUGGAUUGGAUACAUUAAUUUCAAAUAUAACAACUCUUGACAGAAAGUUCAUAACCAUGCAGCUGAACAAAAAAGAUACUCAUGGUAAACUUGAACUUUUUUUUUUUUUUCAGGUUUUAGGGUUUAAUACUUGAGACUCUCUACGGCCGGGUGUUUUGGCGACGGUCGUUGUAGUGUUGAUGAAACGAUAUAGCGGAGAUAAAAUUAAGCGAGCGAUGGCAUUGCCAUUCUGAUCAAACUUGACAGCGUUAGUCGUGCGGUGACGGCAAAUAAAUACACCAGAAAGCGUGUUGCAAGUUCAGGGUUUUUGUUUUGCUUAUUAAAUCGGUUUUCUUAGCAAUUCUCUCGUUACUUCGUCGUCGUCAAUUCUUGAUAUGCGACGAUUUGAUGGAAGUUAGCGACCAAAAAUAAAAACGUCACUCUGCAGGUACCCAAAGAGAGGCCCAUGUUUUAUGCGAACAGAUCACUUUGUUAAAGACUUACACAGUUUGCAGUGUGGAGAGCUGAGAAAUGAUGACUAAGUCUGGCAAGCUGAAGGUCUUACAUAGGGUCCCAAGUACGUUUUUGAGGGUUACACUCAUCGUAUAGGAAAGUCACAGGGGUCAAACGGGAUUUGUUUUUCUCAGCACUAGACAGUGUUCACCUAGUCUUGUUGGACUGAUUGGUUCUGUAUUCCCCAUUUUAUACAUUAUAACUUGUCACUCCUAUAUUCCCCUUCUUUCAGUCCUCUAAGCUCUUAAAUCCAAGGCUUUCAAUAUUUAAAUAAUUCCUCUAAACAGUAUACUUGGAAAAUAAUUUGAUGACCGCGCGACAGAUAAUACACUGACAAUUUUUAGAGUUGCGCUGUUUUUGUGUGCAGUAAGUAAAGUACCUUUACAGCUGAAGAGGUGGCGUUUCAUUCAGAUUAUUCAAAAGGCUUCCGCACUCGACCAAGAUUCCUCUUAUUUAUAUACUUAAAAAAUGUACCAAGAGAUACUGUUUUCAUUUUAGGGUAUCACUACUGGAAAUAUUUUACCGACUACCUUGGAUUACGGGACGAAAGCCAAAACUGGGAACAGUCGGAAAAUCCAGGGGAGAAAUUUCUGGAGGCGUUCUCUGAGAAGGAACACAGCACAAUUGGAAAGCUCAUUGAGGCAUCCGAGAAGACGGCUGGUCUGCCACUAUUCGUUAAUGAGUUAAAAAAUAGGUUUUCAGAAGCAAACCAGAGUGGAAGAGUUGAAAAUUUGGCUCCAAAUGGAUCUACAUGGGUGUAA